UAAAAUAAUUGGCAGUUGGUGUGCGAUCCUCCCUAGAGGUUGACAGCCUCGGCCCACAGAGGAGAAGCUGUUUCGCAUGCAACGAAAACACCUGGUUACCAGUUCCAAGAACCAAGAAUGUGAGGACAACAAUCACAUACAAGCAAAGAAACCCAUUAAAGGCUUAUAGACAGCACAGAUUUGGAGAUGGCAACUAGCAACCUGUCAACAUUGGAUGGUUGGUGUACGUCACAGUUAAAGAUUGUCCUUCUUGGUGGCAGAGACUCUGGAAAGAAUGCUGUAGGAAACUUAAUCCUGGGUAAAGAAGAGUUUGGAACCAAAGAGAGGACUUUAUGCUCCAGCAGGAUUGGGGAAGUGGCCGGACUGUGGCUCACAGUUGUGAAUGCUCCUGGCUGGUGGUGUGACUCCAGUGCUCAGAGCACACCUAAGCUGGUGAAGAGGGAGAUCAUAACCAGUGUUGCUCUCUGCUCACCAGGCCCACAUGUAUUCCUUAUAAUAAUUAAGGCAACCUCUGUCUUCUCAGAGAAGCGUCGGAGGGCUUUGGAGGAGCACAUGGCCCUGCUGGGUGACACGGUGUGGAGUCACUGCAUGGUUGUUUUCACCUGUGCUGAGAAGUACAAAGACAAAAAUCCUGAAGAGUAUGUAGAAAGAUGGGGAAAGGCCCUCCGCUGGCUCAGUGAAAAGUGCAGCCAGAGGUGUCACAGUGUUGUCCCGAGUGAUAACUCUGAACGCACAGUGCUGCUGGCAAAGAUACAGAAACUUGUCACAGAAAAUGGAAACAGUGUGUUUGAAAUGCAGGAAAAAAUUUUACGAGUGAAUCAAGAGGAGAAGAGAGAGAUGGAGGAGAGAACUCGGCUGAGGUUGAUGAAAAUGAGAAAACAGAGAGAAAACAAGUCAAAGGGAGUUACUAACAUCAGGAUUGUGCUGCUUGGAGCUAAGGGUUCUGGGAAGACUUCAGCACUCAACACAAUCCUGGCAAGAGAGAACAACCCUAAACCCAUUAGGACAGUUCGUUGCCAGGCUGGACAAGAAAUGGUGCUUGGGAGACUGGUAACUGUGGUGGACACACCAGGGUGGUGGAUGAACUACUUCUAUGAUGAGAGCUCCAACUUUGAUCGGGGGGAAUUGGCGCUGAGUUCGUAUUUUUGUCCUCCAGGACCUCACGUAUUUCUGCUGGUGAUCCGUGUGGACAGAGCCUUCACAGAGACCUACAGAAGAGCAGCGCAGGAGCAUCUAGAUAUGAUCGGUGAACACAUCUGGACUCACGUUAUCCUGCUGUUUAGUUUUGGGGACUGGCUCGGAGACACGCCUAUUGAGCAGUACAUUGAGAGUGAGGGAGAAGCUCUGCGGUGGAUUGUUGCAAGAUGUGGCAACAGGUAUCAUGUUCUGAACAGUAAAAUGAAAGAUAAGGAAUUUCAAGUCAGGGAGUUGAUUGCAAAGAUUGAGAAAAUCAUCACUAGCUGUGACAAUGGCUGCUAUUAUAAACUAGAGAGGAAAGUGUUGGACCAGCUGGAGGGGACGAUGCGAAGAGAGAAAGAGAGAGCCAGAGAAAGACUAAUGAAGAAGAAGAAACAAAGGCAGAUGGCAAGAUCUCAGCUUGAGAACCUCGAACCUUUGACAGAGCUGAGAGUCGUGCUCAUUGGUGGCCCCAAAACAGGCAAAAGCUCCUGUGGAAACACCAUCCUCAGCAGAGACUGCUUUGACACGGCUGCUCAAACUACUUCCUGCACUGAAAGGCAGGGAAAUAUCUGUGGCAAGAUGGUGGUGGUAGCAGACACACCAGGCUGCCUCUCUGUGACAUCGGACUUCUUGAAGGCAUCCUGUGCUAUACUUUUGGUUGUUAAUCUUAGCUCGUUGUUCAAAGAUACCUGGAGGAAAACCUUGGAAAAAGAGCUGGAGGCAGGAGGAGAUCAGUUAUGGAGCAGAUGUAUGGUCCUGUUCAGCUAUGGUGACAUGCUGGGUGACACAAGUAUCGAGCAGCACAUUGAAAGUGAAGGAGAGCCACUGCAAUGGCUUGUUGAGAAGUGUGAGAACAGAUAUCAUGUUUUAGACAAUAAGAACUGGGGAGAUGGAGCUCAGGUUAAAGAGCUAAUUGAUCUGAUGGAGGAGAUGCUUGUUGAUGAGGCUCUUCUUCACAGAGGUGAUCACAUGUGGAAAAGUGUUGCUUCAGCUCAAGAGCAGCAGAUAGGCACAGAGCCACUGUAUAAGAGGGCUCCAGAGGAUUUCAUGCGUAGCAGACCUGAGCAGUCCAAUAACUUGCCUGAAUCCCUCCCCUAUCCAUCACUGAACCUCUCAGAAGAUCAUUCUCAGUUAGUAGUAUUACCAGCAGGAAGAACCAUGGAGUUGGCUGGAUGUAUCAUUGUGGACCAAUAUCGCUUCAUGUCCUAUAUAUUGUCUCUGCUUUCUGGCAAACAAGUACUGAGGUUGCCAAAAGUGGCUCAGCAUGUCCCAUCUCCUGCUCCUCACAACCACCCGAGAGUGAACAGUGAAAGUCUCAUGGAUCCCAUCCCACGCAGACUUGAAACAACACAUCUAGUUUCAUCUCAGACACAGAACGAGGCAUGCAUAGAACAAGAUUUGAUCAGUGUGCAAUCACUCUGCCAUCCUGCACUGAUAGAGCAGACUCUUAGAAGGGUCUCUGAGUCUGGAGGCCUGCAGACCUUCAUUGAUCAGUGGGGCAACAGCAGCCUGGAGGAGCUGGAAGCCUUCAUUGACUUGCACUUUGAGAUUGUGUGGGAAGAAGCCAUGAGAUCAUGUCAGCUUCCUGAACCGAGCCACGCCGUGCCCAAGCAGGAUAAUGCUUUUGGGGAAGCUGGAGAGGAAGUGUUUGCAUCCAUUCACAGGAAACUUUCAAAGCUGGAGCUGCUUGAGGAGAUAAAAAGGGAUCUGGCAGAACAGAGAAAGUGUGUGGAGCAAAUCUGGAGGAUCAUACAGCAACUUGCAUAUGAAAUCACACAGGGCCGUAAUAAUACACGCCAAUAAGGGGGUCUCAGUAAUA